AUGCCGAAGAAUAAGGGAAAGGGAGGAAAGAAUCGUAGAAGAGGAAAGAAUGAGAAUGACUUCAUGAAGCGAGAGCUCGAUCUCAAGGAGGAGGGACAAGAAUAUGGACAAGUCUCGAAAAUGCUCGGAAACGGUCGUGUACAAGUCUUCUGCUUCGACGGAAAGCAACGUGUGUGCCACAUUCGUGGUAAGCUGAGAAAGAAGGUGUGGAUCAACGUCGGAGAUAUCAUUUUGGUCGGUCUCAGAGAUUAUCAGGAUGAUAAGGGAGAUGUCAUACUGAAGUACACACCUGAUGAGGCUCGUCGUCUGAAGAACGAAGGACUCAUUCCAGAAAACGCGAAGCUUAACGAGAAUGACGAACAAGAUGAGGGAGAAGUUGAGUUCUUGGACCACGUCGGAGAAGAUGCGGCGUCUGGAGAUGAAGCCAAAUCUGACAAGAGCUCGUCGGAAAGCGAUUCGGACAAGUCGGAGGACGAAGAGGAAGGAUCUGAUAAGGAAGAGGAGUCCUCUUCUGAAGAAGAAUCAGAUGAUGACUCGUCGGAUUCGGAUAACGAUAACGUGAGAGAAGAAGAUUUGGCAGCGGGACGAGGAUUCAAAGAAGACACCCGUCGUACAGGAAACCGCGGUGGAAAGAACAAGUACGGGAAGAGACGCUGA